CGCGGGUCAUACGCGCGCAUGGCGUAGGACUUACGCGCGCAGAGACGACCUCCGAAGGCACGUAAGACGACGGGGAAGGGAGACAGGAGAGGCCUGAAAGAAGAUGGAAUCUGACGGAGGAAUGGUGUUCGCCCCGCCGAAGGACCGGAGGCCUGAUGCCCUCGGAGACCUUAAAGUCCUUCCUGACGAGCUGCUCUGCGCCAUCUUUGAGUCCUUGUCUCCUUCCGACGUUGGCCGCCUUGCCUGUGUUAGCAGUGGCUUGUACAUCUUCUGCAAUGAUGAACCACUAUGGAUGAGUAUAUGCCUUAGAAGUGCAGGAGGUCUGCUUGAAUACCGUGGCACUUGGAAAGCAACUGCAUUAUGUGAAUAUUUUGGCUUCUUGCCUGGAUGCAUUGAUCCUUGCAGAAAACCAAUGUGCUUUGAUGGAUUCAGUUCUAUGUUUUUGUACAAAAGAUGGUAUAGGUGUUUCACUGCAUUAGAUGGAUUCUCAAUGGACAUAGGGAAGGUGGAGAGGAAGACAAACCUCACCUUGGAAGAAUUUUGUGUUGAAUAUGAUGGAAAAAAACCGGUACUCUUGACUGGUUUAUCACAAAAUUGGCCUGCAAUAAACAAAUGGACAGUUGAGCAACUAGCAGAGGACUAUGGCGAUGCUGCUUUCAGAAUUUCUCAAAGGAGUGCAAAGAAAAUAAGGAUGAAAUUCAAGGAUUAUGCUUCCUACAUGAAAGCUCAACAUGAUGAGGAUCCACUUUACGUGUUUGAUGAUAAGUUUGGAGAAGUUGCACCAGGGUUGUUGAAAGAUUAUAGUGUGCCUCAUCUAUUCCAAGAAGAUUUUUUUGAUGUCCUAGAAGAAGACAAGCGUCCCCCAUUCAGAUGGUUGGUGGUAGGACCUGAAAGAUCAGGUGCUUCAUGGCAUGUAGACCCUGCCCUUACAAGUGCCUGGAAUACACUUUUAAGUGGACGGAAAAGGUGGGCUUUAUACCCUCCAGGAAGGGUUCCGUCGGGUGUCACGGUACAUGUCAAUGAAGAAGAUGGUGAUGUGAACAUUGAAACCCCAUCAUCAUUGCAGUGGUGGCUGGAAUUUUAUCCACUUCUUGCUGAGCAUGAGAAGCCUUUGGAAUGCACACAACUUCCAGGUGAAACAAUAUUUGUACCAAGUGGUUGGUGGCAUUGUGUCCUUAAUCUGGAGAACUCAGUUGCUGUUACUCAGAAUUUUGUCAAUGCAUCCAACUUCGAAUUUGUCUGCCUCGAUAUGACUCCUGGUUAUCAUCACAAGGGCGUGUCUCGUGCUGGGUCCCUUGCCGUCCACAAAGAUGACUUUAAAAGCCUUGAAAUGAUUGAACCCUAUAGUGUUGAGCAACUAAAUUUGUCAGACAUGUCCAGAAAAGGAAAAAGGCUUAAACUUUCUGAAGUUGGUGAAAGUCCUUAUGCUUGUAAGAGUAUCGAGCAUGUACUGAAUGGCAGAUCCAACAGCUCCAUACAUUCUGUGUUUCAGCCAUUUUCUUAUACCAUUGAUUACUUAUCCAGUUUUCUUGAUGAAGACAAAGGCCAUUACAACUCUUAUUGGUGCGCAAGUAACUGCAUAGGACAGAGGGAAUUUAGAGAAUGGUUGCAGAGGCUUUGGAUUGAAAAACCAGGGCUGAGAGACCUAGUAUGGAAGGGAGCAUGUAUAGCACUAGACGCUGAUAGAUGGUUUCAGUGCUUGAUGGGAAUCUGUUCAUUUCAUAAUCUGCCCCUCCCUUCUGAAGAUGAAAAGCUUCCUGUUGGUACUGGCAGCAAUCCAGUCUAUCUCACUGCUAAUCAUGUCAUUAAGAUAUAUGUUGAAGGAGGACUGGAAUUUUCAGUCAAUAGUUUGGCUACAGAGCUUGAGUUUUACAGCUUACUGUGCAGAGUUCAAUCGCCUCUAAAGGCCCAUGUUCCUGAUGUGUUAGCAAGUGGUUUUCUCUUUUGUGAAAAUGGUGCUUAUAGAAUUUUGCCAUGGGACGGAAGACAAUUUCCAGAGGCACUUGAAAAUUUUGUCAGACAAUUUGGUUAUUCGAGGCUAUCUCAUUCUGAGUUCGGUCUGUGGAGCAAGAAACAGUUUGAAUUUAGGAGAGCUGGAAUAAAUGGAUUAGUGAAUGACGGUAGUGAAGCAAUCAAAUUGUGGCCUUAUAUAAUAACAAAGAAAUGCAAUGGGGAUAUGUUUGCAAAUUUACGAAAUGUGUUAACAAGCGAUGAGCUAUUGAAUCUAUCUUCCUUUCUGGGUGAACAAGUUCGUAAUCUUCAUCUCAUUCCGCUGCCAUCCAUUCUGAAUUCUUGUGAUACUAACUCACUGGAAAAGAUAAGUAAGGUGCGAUUAGAUAAGAAUUGCGACCUGGGCAACGAGUCUGCUGUGCCUUCAGCCAGCUAUCAUAUGGAAGCGACUGAGAUUACAGAUUUGGGAAAAGAAAUGCAGAAGGUAUUUGUAGAAACUAUGAACAGAAGAAAACGGGCUAUCUCUGACCGUUUAGCUAAAUGGGGCAAUCCUAUUCCAAGUAAAUUGGUGGAUAAAGUAAUCGAGUACCUCCCUAAAGAUUUUGCACGGUUGUUUGAUGCCAAGAUUGAACAUGAUGGGUGUGACAAGUUUCUGACAUGGAUACACAUGGAUAUCAUGGAUGACAAUGUUUACAUGGAGCGCUGCUCAUUCAACCAGUGUUUGCGUGAUAGUUCACAGGAUGCAAAUAAAGGAGAACAUGGUGUGCUGAAUGUGCCCAACGCUGUAAGUGGGCUCAGAAGAUGGCAGCCGAGCUACAUUCUUGAUUUCGGUGACCUGUCUGUUGGCGAUCCUCUUUUGGAUUUAAUUCCAAUUUAUCUGGAUGUCUUUAGGGGAGACUCCCUUCUUUUCGAGCAAUUUCUGAAAAGCUACGGGCUUCCUUUGAUAACAUGCACUGUGCAGCCUAAGUCAGAUACAGAUGUCCAAGUGGAUCUGGAGAAGUUUAAACGAAUAUCUUAUCGUGCCAUGUGCUACUGUAUCUUGCAUGAAGACAAUGUUUUGGGUGUCAUAUUCGAUAUGUGGAAGGCGUUAAGAAAAUGCGAGUCAUGGGAAGAAGUUGAGGCUGCUGUCUGGGGAUGCCUGAACAAUUAUCAACCUGUUUAGGCUCUGAAGGUUCUGUUUUUGGCAUGACACUGAUAAAACUUUCUCCUGGAGCUGGAACGGAGUGAUUUUGGCUGCACGAAUAUGCUUUGUCGCAGGUUUUGUUGUGCCCUUUAAAUCGUACUUGCAAAAUUUGAUAAUUUAUGAAUUCUAUAGCAUAUUUUUCUUUUUUCCCUCGGGGAGUGGUGACAUUUCCUUAAAUGAACCUUGUCCUAUUCUUUUGCAUAUUGCAGCUGUAUACGCCCGGCUUUGACUGAUCUACUUGUGGAUAUAAGUGAUUGAUCAGGACUGGUGGGAGUGUGACUGAUAUUAGAAACACUUAUUGUUCAUUUUUAUUAGUUCCUAAUAGGUAGGUAGAAUAAUUGGGGACAUCAUGAUAAGUUAUAUUUACUAAAAUUUGUAACUGGUGCAGAAGGUUUAAGGUAUUAUGGAAGAGGUUCCCAAGA